AUGGUUCGUAAGUAUGAAAUAUUAAUGGUUAAUGGAAAAGAACGCUUGAUAAAACCAGUACCAGAAAAUAAUAAUACUAUGCUUUAUUAUGUAUCAAAUGAAGAGCUUUUUGAUAUUCUUCAUACUACUCAUUCGUCUAUUGGACAUGGUGGGAGAAAUCGAAUGGUUGCGGAAAUAAAAAAUAAGUAUUGUAAUGUAACUAAGGAAUCAAUUAUGCUAUAUUUACAACUUUGUUCACAUUGUCAAAAGAAAUCUACUAAUAGAAAAAGAGGACUGGUUUCCAAACCGAUAUUACACAAUGCUUUUAACUCAAGAGCACAAGUAGAUUUAAUAGAUAUGAAGUCCCAACACUUUAACGAUUUUCGGUUUAUUUUUUGUUAUCAAGACCAUUUAACCAAAUUCGUAAUUUUAAGGCCUUUAAAAAGUAAACGUGCAGAGGAGAUUGCAUAUAAUUUACUUGACAUUUAUACGACCUAUGGCGCACCAGCUAUUUUGCAGUCAGAUAAUGGCCGUGAAUUCGUAAAUUCGACUAUAACUGAACUGCACAAUAUGUGGGAAGACGUCAAAAUUGUUCAUGGUAAACCGAGGCACAGCCAGAGCCAAGGUUCUGUGGAACUAGCAAAUAGAGAUGUAGAGGAUAUGUUGGCUACGUGGAUGGCAGAAAACAAUAGUAGGGAUUGGCCCUCUGGUUUGAAAUUUAUUCAGUGCCAGAAAAACCGAGCUCUUCAUUCAGGUCAGGUUAGGUUAGGUUAUGUAGAAGAAUUGUUAAAGCAAAUGCAAGAAACUGGAUUACACGAUUCAAAACAAAAUAUUGAAGAAGUUAUUUCACCGAUUUCAGAACAGCAAGAAAAUAUGAUGGAUACAGAUACAAACCUAAGAAAAUGUGAAAGAUGUUUUAUUUUCCUGGAAGCAGACAAUGAAAGUACAAAUUGCAUGAAUUGCCAACGUCAUGAGCAAAUACAGAAUGAACGACAUAAAUCAAGUGAAUGCUUAAAGAAACAAGCCAAAAAAAUGAUGACUAUUUCAAAUAAGAAAUUUACUCCGCUAGAAGUUGGUACCACAGUUAAAGUUUCAAUACCCGAUGUUGAUCGAGCACGUGGAUCGCCACGAAACCUAUUAGCAGUUAUUACCCAGGUUGAAGAUGAUUUAUAUAAAUUAGGUACAGAGAACGGCAUUAUUAAACAUUUGUAUACUCGAUCGCAGAUCGAUCCCUGCAAAGAAUGUUUCGUUGAUUUGGUAUCUGUAAAUACCGAAAAAGAAAUUACAUUGAGAGAAGCUGCAGGAUUUAGUAGUGUCACUGGAUCGCAAGGUUACAAAAGGUGUAAUUGCAAACUAAAGUGCAGAACAAACAAAUGCAUUUGUCGAUUAGCGGGAAUAUUAUGUAAUUCAAAAUGUCACAACAGCAUGCCUUGUGAAAAUAAAUAA